CCGCCCCCCGAGCUGGGGGUGCCGUUGGGAAGCCGCUGCAGCCGCUGCUGUAGCAGCCCCGUCACUUCCAGCCUACCGCCGGUGCGGAGCAGAGCGGGGGACUGCCCGGUGUCCGUCACUUUCCGCUGAAAGUCACCAUGCCCUCCACCUCUGCCUCGGGCUCGGCCGGCCGCCCCGCGCCCGACUACUGGAUCGACGGUUCUAAUAAGGACACCCUGACACACUACUUCGAUCUGGAGUCCGAGCUGGGACGUGGGGCUACAUCCAUUGUCUACAGAUGCAGGCAGAAAGGGACCCAGAAACAUUACGCCAUCAAAAAGUUGAAGAAGACAAUAGACAAGAAAAUUGUUCGCACAGAAAUUGGAGUUCUUCUUCGCCUCUCACAUCCCAACAUUAUAAAACUGAAGGAGAUAUUUGAGACCCCUACAGAUAUCAGCCUUGUUCUGGAAUUGGUCACAGGUGGAGAACUAUUUGACAGGAUUGUGGAAAAGGGUUAUUACAGUGAACGAGAUGCUGCUGAUGCUGUUAAACAGAUCCUGGAAGCGGUUGCAUACCUGCAUGCAAACGGGAUUGUGCAUCGUGAUUUGAAGCCAGAAAAUCUGCUCUAUGCAACACCAGCCCCAGAUGCACCACUGAAAAUAGCUGAUUUUGGGCUUUCCAAGAUUGUGGAAGAUCAGGUGACCAUGAAGACAGUUUGUGGAACUCCAGGGUACUGCGCACCAGAGAUACUACGAGGAUGUGCCUAUGGCCCCGAAGUGGACAUGUGGUCUCUAGGGAUCAUCACCUACAUUCUACUUUGUGGCUUUGAACCAUUUUAUGAUGAAAGGGGAGAUCAGUACAUAUAUAAGAGAACCCUGAACUGUGAAUAUGACUUUGUGUCCCCCUGGUGGGAUGACGUGUCUCUGAAUGCCAAGGAUUUAGUUAAAAAGUUAAUUGUUUUAGAUCCCAAGAAACGCCUCACCACUCUACAGGCUUUGCAGCACCCAUGGGUCACAGGAAAAGCAGCAAAUUUUUUACACAUGGACAAUGCACAAAAGAAGCUUCAAGAAUUCAAUGCCCGGCGUAAACUUAAGGCUGCAGUAAAAGCUGUUGUGGCAUCAACUCGUCUUGGCAGCGCCAGCAGUCACAGCGCUCAUGACAGCAACAAGCCCAGCUGUAGUGCAUCUCCUAUCCGUGACAGCAAGCCUGAAGAGAAAUCCACUCAGGAAGCAGAAGCAGCUCCAGAAGAAAUGUCUUAAGUCAAUGCACUCCCUUAUUACAGCUGAGAUCUGUCAUUUCAUACACCAGCCAACUUGUCAUUCAGCAGGACAGAUUCGUAAGCUUGACCUCUCUGGUUCUGCUUUGGGGUGCCAAAUGCACUGCUGGUGAUUCUACCUUCAAUGCAUGUGACUACUUAUGAAAAUAAUAAACUGUUCCAUAAGGCAUGUCAAGGAAACCGUGUUAUUUGCAGUAAUGCUGGCAGGCAAAAAUAUGGGGAUGAAUAACUACCUACCAUGAUAUGUAUAUUUCAUAUACAUCUCUACAGUGUUUCUAGAUGUUAUUUGAAACAAAUACUAUUUAAUUCAGUUUAUGGAAGUAAGUGUCUUCUGUAUGUCAUGAUUUUCUUUGAACUGCUUCCUUCCAUAUUCAUAAUCCUAUAGUAGGCAAAAUGGAAGGAAAUACCAAACCAGUGCUUUUAAAAAAUGUUGUGUGAAAUAAUGCUUUUUACCUGUAAAAUUUAAAAAGUAUUUGGGGAUUUAUAUGCAAGAAACAUUCCACUAUUUCUGGGAAGAAACUAGAAUAUUAGUUCUGCUGGGCAUGAAAAUGUAUGUUCCUCAAGCUUCUGUUGAGAAUGCCUUACUCUGAAUUUUCGUGUUUAUAUACAACACUUUAAUGACAACCAAAAUUACUCAGCUUCCUGCUAUUUCAUUCUCUAGUAAAGCGUUAGCCAAACAAAAUGACAGAGAAAUGGGGGAUUAAAGUAGAUUUUUGGAAUACUGUUGCAUUUAUUUGUGACUUUCUAAACUGUGCAGCUAGAAAACAUUUUUGUAGGGCCUUUGAGAAUAAUCUGCAAUUAUACAAAUUUUAAAUGCUUGUAGGAAGCUAUUCCACAAUGUAGUGAUUUUGCUCUGGGGAACCACUCUGGGAGACAGUUAGUGUUAUCUGCCUGCUUCCUAGAUAAUUUAACAUCACAAGUAACGAGUUUCCACUAGUCAGUGCAACUAGUCCAAAUUUUCCUGAGAAAGGACCUCUCAUGCAAAAUGCUCCACAAGCACAGAUCGUUCAUCCACUUAGAGCUCCUGUGUCUGAAGCUACAAGCUCUGUGCAUGCAGCAGCUUGCAAAAUUAGUAUCAGUCUCUUCAGCUGUCUUGAUCUUUGUUUGAAUGUGACCAGUAGAAAUUGAGAAACUACCAAGCAUCAAGUAUUUAUGACUGUUUACAUUUCUUUGAUAUCACUUUGAUAGCAUGGGGAUUUCAUGUUAUUGCUAUAUUACAGAAGUGGCGAAAGGAACCUGAUGUACAACACUGUCAUUUGUGUUUAUUAAACUUUCUGUACUAAUAGUGACCUACAUCCCUUAUACACUCAAGAUUCCUCUUUUGUUCUGUUUUUAUUUUAAGGUAGGCCUUGCACAACUUGCCUUCAAAGGUUUACCAGCUGCAAAAGUCACUGAUAAAACAUUCAGUAGCUACAUUUCCUGAAGAAGUUAAAAUGAAAGGUAGUAGAACUCUUGGCAGAUGUGCUACAUACAAUGUAAUCUAGAUUGCUAUAAGAAGGAGUACUUCGCUUGCUCAGUAAAAUGAAUGCUAAUGAACAUACUGUCCUAGAUAUGAUUUACCCAUUUCUUAAACCCCUUGACUUUGUGCUAAGUGUGAUUGAAAUUUGAAGCACGUGUGUCUGCCUCUUCUGGGUGAUACACUUUGAGAUGAUUUGGCACUGUCAGCUGGAGGAGCUGGUGGGGCAGGCGGCUGUUAAAGCGGAGCUGAGGGUUCUGCCUGAGUUUAUUGUUCUGGCUGUUAGCAGGCCAACAAGACCCACUUACAGAUUUUCCCUUGGAAGAAUAACCACUUUGAAGAAGGUAAUAGACACAUUCACUUGACUUGCCUUUUACUAUCUGUCUUGUCUUCUACAAAGAAGAAGGCACUAGAAAGAAGGGGCACUAGAAUUAAUACAUUUCUCAGCCAAAGGUUUCCUCUCUCACAGUGAUGGAGGCAUCCAAGUUCUUUGAGAUUUUGGUAACAUUUCCUCCUCCAGUGGUAAUAUUUGCUUCUGAUCUGAGGAUAUGGAACCGGUGGCACAGUCACAGCACAUAUGUGACUGCUUGAGUGGAAAUAUAUUCUUCUGAAACAUGGUGUGUCUGAGAUUAUAAGUAGUAUAGUCUUAGCUGAAUCUUAAAUCCGUUUGUUGUUAAAUUAUAACGUAGCAUAUCAUAAAUAGGAACCAACACCAUGCAACUAGAGACUGCUCUGUGACAGCAUGAUGUCGGGUGCAGCUCUGCGUUCUGCAUAAAGGCUCUGAGGCUUAAAAUGUUUUUGCUCGGUUGACUUUCAUUAUCCUCAGUGUAAAACAAUCAAUGUCUGUGCUGGAGGAAUUACCAGUAUGUGGCUCAGUAAAAUAUUAUGCCUUGUUUGUCAGUGCUGUGCAGAAGGAACAGCAGCACUAGGGUGUAUGCACUUACAUGAGAAGAGGAACAUUAUGUGCAUUGUUUUUGUCUAGAAAAUCACACCCCAUAAUUCAGACUAGAGAGUGGAGUACAACAUUUGUGUCUUACAUUCGAUAAAUAACAGGAACACACCCAGAAGAGACUGGAGGCAGGCCAGUUCCACAUUUGUAGUUAUAAACUAGGCAGAAAAUUACUGAUUUCUUCUAUGUUGAAACUAAUCUUUAGAUUUUUUAAACAUUUGGCAUAUCAUCAGAGUUCUUCUGGUACAAAAGAGGGAACGUUGCCAUCGCUCUGAAGUAUUUGAACUUAGCAAAACUUUUCCUCUAGAUGUAAAUUCUGUAGGCAAUUAAAGGCUAAAAUUUGAAAGCUAGACUGUGAAUCCAGCCUCUGUUAAACAGCCAGUGAUUUCCUGCCUUUACACAAGACGGUUUUUUUACAAGUUCAGAAAAAUUCACUCUGAAACAGUAAUAGAUUUUGUAUCAUUUGGAACACUUUGCUUGUGAGGCUGCUGAUGGCAGACUGCACUGCAUCAGCCCAGUGCUUGCUUGUUAACUGGCAUUUGUCCGUGGCUUUUUACAAGCAUGCUGUAAAAGGCAGGCUCACCACAGUCAAACUUCUGAAUGCAAAAGACCCUAAGAGCAGAAGUUUGAUACAACAUGCUUUAGUCCCUGAUGGUGAGUGUAUGUGAAAGGAGAUUGACAAACACUGCUGAGUGUCUCCUUUGCAAAGAUUCAUGCCUUGGUGGAUAGAGUGAAAUGCUGUAGAAAGCUGUAUGGUACUAGCAUGAGCUGAAUACAGCAAUCAAAAUGGUUCUGGAAGGGUAUUGGGCUGCAGAAAGCAGUCCCAGACUGGAGGGGUCUGCAGCUCAUCUCUUGCUCAGUGAGGGUCUCUCUCCUGCCAUUUUGCUGCAGUGAAGCCUCCAUCCUUGGAAACAAGGACACCACCAUGAUUCCUAAGGAAGAGAAAUGAAGUUGCUCAGAAUUGUCACUGCACAGCUCAGCAGGCAGAUAGCAGUAUUUGCUAAGCAGCAAAUUCAUGAAGGCUGUGGAAAAUAAGCAGCAAUUUAUGAAUGU